AUGGCGAGGCUUACUUUGUACAAUGUCAUCAUCGGCAUGAUCGUUUCCAUUGGCACUUUCGGUUACGGGUAUGGCUUCGGGGCAUUUAUAACCAGUAUCGGCCAACCCGGCUUCUACAAGGACUUCAACCUCGAUCCGACGAGCAAAUAUACUGCAAACAUCCUGGGCGCAGUCAAUGCCCUAUUCGCGGCCGGAGCUGCCUUUGGUUCCCUCUCCCAAGGCUGGCUAGCCGAUUGGAUCGGCCGCAGAAAAGCCCUCGCAGCGUCUGCCUUGUUCUCUUUGAUUGGUGCCGGCUGGACUUCUGGGUCUCCAUACCUGGCAAUGCUCAUCACAAUCAGAAUCCUACAUGGGUUUGGGCUCGGCAUGUUGAUAUGCCUGGUCCCGUUGUAUCUCACUGAGGUGUCCCCACCACACUGCCGUGGACUCAUGUCUGGCAUGACAGUUAUGGGAUUCGGCCUCGGAUAUGUGGCUGUCGCCUGGGUUUCGGUGGCAACCUAUUUCGCGAAGAACGCAACCUUGCAAUGGCGCCUGCCUCUUGCACUUUCCUGCGUCGGGCCCCUAGGUCUCCUUGUUGGGAUAUAUUUCGUGCCCGAAUCUCCUCGGUACCUGUGCUGGAUUGGGCGUCAUGAAGCGGCUCUCGAAGCCAUCCAGCGUCUGCAUCGCGAUGUUGAUGAUCCGGAAAAUUCUGCUGCUAAAGCGGAGUUCAUGCAGAUUCGUGCACAGGUGGAGAAGGAUAAGGAGGAGAAAUCAGGAUAUGUCCGCAUGUUCACGAAGCCGAGUUGGCGAAAACGCUCGUUUCUCGUGCUCUUCAUCAUGUUUGCGUCUCAAGCAACUGGGGUCAAUGGUAUUGCAAACUAUCUAGUCCUCAUAUUUGGGACGUUGGGGCUCAAAGGUGUCAUGCCACUGCUUGUUUAUGCUAUUUACUCCGUCAUUGGAACCAUAGCUGCGUUCGUGGCCUGUUUCACGAUGGACAAGUUCGGACGGAGGCGCCUAUUCUUGAUCGGUUUCCCUGCCCUGGCCGCCAAUCUCCUCAUCGAAGCUCUGCUCCAGCGACAAUAUCUCGGAAAGACAAACCAGGCCGGAAAUACCGCUGCGGUUGCCUGCAUUUACCUCUUCAUUAUCCUGUUCCAAUUCAUCGACGCCCCAUCUUUCGUCUGGUGCUCCGAGAUAUUCCCCACCACGAUUCGAGCAAAGGGCAUCGGGUUGAGCAUGUUCGCGUAUUUCGUCGGGUUCAUCACCUUUUCCACGCCGGGUCCGGUGGCUUUUCGAAACAUAACCUGGCGAAUGUACCUGAUCUACAUGGCCCUCUGCCUCGUCUGCGAAAUCGUCGUGUACUUCUUCAUUCCAGAAACGCGCGGCAGGCCCGUCGAGGAAAUGGGUGCGUUGUUCGGUGAGGAGGUCGUGUUGCACAUGACCUUGGACGGCCGUGGGCUUGUGGAAAAGACCGAGGGUGUGGCGUUUGAACAGAUUGAAGUUGCCGAGACGAAGGGGGAAUGA